CUCUUGUGUUUACUCUCGUGUGAUCGGCCUCCGUAGACGCGGAACUUUAGCGGAGAAAGUGAGCACGGCACUUAUUCAAGGAUAAUCGGAGGUAAAUCUACACCAUUUGCCGGAGGUAUAACCCGUGCAGGACUUUAUUUGGCAUCGCCGGGAGUAUAAAAUAUGUACCGCUUGCGGGCACUGACAGCUGCCACCGUCGGUAUGGUGCAGUUGUCAAGACGGCAUCACAGCGGUGCGUUCCGUUCCCAUCAGCGGCGUAGAGUGAUGCUGGCCGCCCUGGCAGGAGUGACGGGCAUCACGGCCAGUGCUGGACUAAUGUGGACGAGAGCAUACGCUGAGGCGGGGUCUUCAGUCAAGCAUGAUAAACAGAUGCGGGAGGAGGAGACUGUUGACGAUAUGGUAGCAGAGGAGGCGGAGCCAGAAAACGCAAUCGAGUCGAGUAGCGGGGAGGAGGACGAGGAGGCGGGAUCAGAAGGGAAGAAGAAGAAACCGAGAAUCGGCUUCCGUGACCGCAAGGUGAUGGAGUAUGAGAACAGGAUCAGGGCUUAUUCCACCCCAGACAAGAUAUUUCGCUACUUCGCCACGCUGAAGAUCAUCCAUGAGCACGGAGAGGUGGAAGUGUACAUGACACCACAGGACUUUGUGCGCUCGAUCACGCCCAAUGAGAAACAGCCGGAGAACCUUGGUCUGGAUCAGUUUGUGGUGAAACGCUAUGAUGGAAAGAAGAUCUCUCAGGACCGGGAGAAGUUUGCUGAUGAGGACAGUAUCUUCUACACGCUGGGGGAAUGUGGACUCAUCUCAUUCUCGGACUACAUCUUCCUCACCACCGUCCUCUCCACUCCUCAGAGGAACUUUGAAAUCGCCUUCAAGAUGUUUGACUUGAAUGGAGACGGAGAGGUCGACCUCGAGGAGUUUGAGCAAGUUCAGAGCAUCAUUCGUUCUCAGACCAGUAUGGGAAUGAGGCACAGAGAUCGCUCGACCACAGGAAACACUCUGAAAACCGGCGGCUGCAGUUCGGCUCUCACCACCUACUUCUUUGGAGCCGAUCUAAAGGGCAAACUCACCAUCAGCAGUUUCCUGGAGUUUCAGAGGAAAUUACAGCACGACGUGCUUAAACUCGAGUUUGAGAGGAAUGACCCGGUGGACGGCAGGAUCUCGGAGAAGCAGUUUGGAGGAAUGCUGCUGGCCUACAGCGGAGUUCAGUCCCGCAAACUCAAGCUGAUGCAGAAGAACCUCAAACGGAUGUUCAAGGACGCACAGGGUAUUACGUUUGAAGAAGUGGAGAACUUCUUUACCUUCCUGAAGAACGUGAACGACGUCGACACCGCGCUGAGUUUCUAUCAUAUGGCUGGAGCAUCUAUAGAUAAAGCAACUAUGAAGCAGGUGGCACGCACGGUGGCCAAAGUAGAGCUGUCGGAUCAUGUGUGUGAUGUGGUGUUUGCACUCUUCGACUGCGACGGUAACGGGGAGCUGAGUAACAAGGAAUUCAUUUCCAUCAUGAAACAGAGGCUGAUGCGCGGGUUGGAGAAGCCCAAGGACAUGGGUUUCACGCGGCUGGUGCGCGCCAUGUGGAAGUGCGCCCAGGACACCGCCUGGGACUUUGCCAUGCCGAAACAGCAGUAACUCUCAGAGAGCCGUCCUCUGUAUUUACGCUCCGUAUGGACUUUCAUUAAUCAUUAAGGAAUGAACUCAUUAGGAUGGCACAUCUGUCGCACGUGUGCUGCAAUGGCUCAUGCAUCUUCUACUUCCGUGCCAUGUCUUAGACGCCUACCGACAACUUUAUAAAGAAAUCAUGGUUAACUUGUGUUUAUUUGAUGUUGUUAACUAGCUUUGAAGUUGGAUUGUGUAAUUCUGCAUACACUAGUUUGACGAUGGCAUGUGGCGACAAAACAGCAAGAGGUCACCAAAAUAAAACGCAUCUCUGUGUCCUACAGCCAGUGCUAUGAGUUUAAGGGUGUUGGUGAAUGUUUAGAUUUAUGUUAUUCAGCUUUGAUUUAGAAACACUUGCUGCCACUACUUGGGCAAAAAGCUCUCUUGAGAAAACCAAAAUACAACCCAAAUAAUUAAACAAGCCAUUUUCAUUUAAUAUAAUUUACUAAUAAGUGAAUGACUUUAUAAGUGAUGUUGAAAAUUAUAUUAUUAAAACAUUUUUAUGCUACUGAA